CGCAGAACCCGCCACGUCACUCACCGGGACCCACCCUCCUACGUCGUCACCCUCCCCUCCUCAAAAAGGACACCACGGAGACGUGGAAUCAUUCCCAUCCUUCGUACACUUUCCCCAACCUACCGUCUCCAGCCAGGGAUUCUCUCGGAAACAGAGAUUGUUUCACUCACACAGCAGCUCUACCACCGGAAUAAUGGCCACCGCCACGGCUCGCGCCAUCCGCUGCGACCUCGGAACCGCCGGGAACAACCAGCAGCGGUCGCCCGUUUCCAGGACCGGAUCCGCCGCGGGAGCUCCGGUCCAGCUCGUCACUCUGCCGCCGAAGACCGAAGCCGCGCCGGGGGAGAACGGGAAGAUCAUGCUCCAGCCCCGUCUCUGCACCCUGAGAUCCUACGGCGACGAUCGAUUCGCGGUCGUGAAGACGAGGAAGAACUACGGAGGAGGAAUCGGAGAUUACGAGGUUUCGCCGUUCUUCGAGACUCUGUCGGAGUACAUCGAGAGCUCCAAGAAGAGCCAGGACUUCGAGACCAUCUCCGGCCGCGUCGCCAUGAUUGUGUUCGCGGCGACGGUGGCGGCGGAGGUGGUGACGGGGAACUCGGUGGUGGGGAAGCUGGAUCUGGUGGGGAUCGAGGAGGCCGGCGGCGCGUGCCUGGCGGCGGUGGUGUGCGCCGCGGCGUUCGCGUGGGUCUCGAGCGCGCGGAACGGAGUGGGGAAGAUGUUCUCCUCCGGAUGCAACUACGUCAUCGACUCGCUCGUCGAUGACGUCGUCGACGGGCUGUUCUACGACACGGAGCUCAGCGACUGGUCCGAUGAGGUCUGAAUCGGGUUGGUUUGUGGGUGGGAGGGAAUUGGGUUUCGGUUUUGGGGGAGAUGGGUUUGGUUCGCGAUGAUUAAUUAUACAUAAUCGUGAUUAGCUGUGUACUUAAAUUGUGAUUAGGGUAUGUUAUUGUUGUGGUUCAACAGAAUGAGAAGUAUGGGGGGAAUCAGGUCGUUCUUGUUGGCAUGGAAAUGGGCGCAGGGGAUCUGGGUUCGCGUGUGGUUAUUACAGUUUUACCCCCUUUGUAAAAUCAUAUAUGUAAACUCUGUGAUUGGAUGUACAAUCGUACAUGUCACUCCGUAUACUAAUGCACUCGAUACUUCGUAGAAGUGUUACGUGUACGAGUUUCAUACUACAUAGAAGUUAGAAAAAGUU